UCAGCGAACCUUAUUGUUCCCCCAUCCUUCCUGGGCAUUGCAUAGAGCAAUUAUCCCUAGACCUGCCAGUGCAAAUUGCAGAGAGAAAAAGGCAUCAAAAAUCCAAUCAAGCCACCCAAUUCCAUGCUUUUCACUUUACUGUGAUUACUGAGCCAAAAGCUUCUUAGUAAGCCGACUCUCUUAUGCUAUAAGUAGAGCCAUGGAGAGAGAGCUCAGAUUCCCCCCUUCUCUUCAGUCUCUUCCUCCUAAUCUUGAUACUAGUUGAUGGGUGGUUGACGUUUCAUCGAGCUAUCCUAGCUCAAGGCUUCUCUAUCCCUUUCUACUCUCCCACUCCUCUCUAACCACUGUACUAUAUACUAGCACUGAAGCUGGACACUGAUACAAAAUUCCGUACUAAUAUUGACAACUGACUACCUAUACUGGUGUGGCACCAUUAUAUACCUCUUCUCCCGCCUGCCAUUACUAACCACCAGCCGGAGCUACAUUGCUUCGAGAUGAUGGGAAUUCAGAGAAUUUGCAUCGUUCUUGGGAUGCUUUUUAUACUUGUGAGAGAGGGUGGAGCUGUGACAUUCACGUUCGUGAACCGGUGCACGGGGACGGUGUGGCCGGGCAUCCUGUCGAACGCCGGGAGCGCGAGGAUGGACCCGACGGGGUUCGAGCUGCCGCCCGGCGCGGCGCGCGCGGUGCCGGCGCCGACCGGCUGGUCCGGCCGCCUGUGGGCGCGCACGGGCUGCACGCAGGACGGCACCGGGAAGGUCGUGUGCGCGACGGGCGACUGCGGCUCGGGCACGCUGGAGUGCGCCGGCCGCGGCGCGGCGCCCCCGGCCACGCUGGCGGAGUUCACGCUCGACGGCGGCGGCCGCAACGACUUCUACGACGUCAGCCUCGUGGACGGGUACAACCUGCCGUUGCUGGUGGAGCCCUCGGGCGCCCUCGGCGCGACGGCGACGACGUGCGCGGCCGCCGGGUGCGCGGCCGACCUGAACGCGCGGUGCCCGGCCGAGCUCCGCGCCGUGGGCGGCGCGGCGUGCCGGAGCGCGUGCGACGCGUUCGGCAAGCCCGAGUUCUGCUGCAGCGGCGCGUACGCCAACCCGAACACCUGCCGCCCCACCGCCUACUCCCAGGUCUUCAAGUCGGCGUGCCCGCGCUCCUACAGCUACGCCUACGACGACCCGACGAGCACCUUCACCUGCGCCGGCGGCCGCGACUACACCAUCACCUUCUGCCCCGUCGCCACCCCAAGCCUGAAAUCUGCGGGAGGAACGACGACACCGACGACGACGGUGCCGGGCGUGACCACGGACGCCCCACCGGACAUGGCAAGGCCGAUAGGCAGCCAAGGCGGCGGCGGCGGCGGGGGCGCCGGCCAAGGCGUGAUGCUGGGCGACAACUCCUGGCUCGCCAGCCUCGCCAUGGGCGACGCGUCGUCCUCGCGGAGAGCCUCGCGGCUGGCCCUCCUGGCCGCGCCCCUCGCGCUGCUCACGCUCCACCUGCCGCGGCUAUAGCGGCUGAUCACGUACGCGAAAACCACCCGAAAUUUUUUUGGUCAAAAGGGCAGGGGGAUGCGGGGGACGUCGCACGAUUGCACGGGCCACCACCAGUCCACCAACACAUCAUUACCACCAAGAGCGCGCGAACGCCGAAACGGUGUGCGCUUCGGUCGCUUCUGCUGCUGCCGCCGCGGCGCCGGCGGCAGCGGGUGGCCGUGCGCUCGAGUGGUGUGUUUGCCGGUGUCGUGCACGGUGUGGGGCCAGCGAGCUCGGUGUGUGGGGGCGAUCGGGUGAUUCGGUUUGGCCAAGAUCGGCGUAGCGCCAUUGUAAAAUCCAUCAGAUUUUUUUUUUUUGGGUUCUUCUUUCUUUUGGUUUGCGCAUUUGUGUCUCGCAGAAAAGAAAUGUACAAGAUUAAUCCCACAGAUUAAGAAGCAAAAUGAUUAUGAACGCA